AUUGAAGAUGCCACAGCGAUUGUCCAUCAUUCGGCGUUCUGAUUCAUUUUCAACUGAUCAUGACGAGGCCAUAGGCUGCACUGUAGUGCUUUUAUUUAUCUUACUAUUUAACUGCUAUAACGUGAAGGCUGUUAUCGUAUGAAAUUGCUCGGACACCCCAGAGUUGCUAUAGAAAUGCCGUAAUUUCAAGGUUCCCUUAAAUCGCAUUAUUUCUGGUAACUUUAUGUAGCCGAUAUAUACCUUUUGGCUUUUAUUUGAACUUACUUCAUGGCUUAGUCUCAAGGCAGGGUAAGGUAAAAAACAUGACGCAAAAUGAUGCAGCAAAAUUUCUUGCCAAGGAUCAAUGUCUUUUAAUUAAAUAGCCAUAACAGACCCAGAUAGACAAAUUACCUGCAGGGUUUCAUAUUGGCGAAACAUGACGGGUAGCCUGAGAGCGGGAUAUUUUGAACACAUGUUAAAACCUCGUAAACGAAAACCACGAUCGGUCUAUCAUGUCAAAAUUCACGCCACGUCCAGCUGUUUUGUAUGCAUGAGUUCCAUUUGUUUCAAAAUAGAGCGGCACAAUUAACUGUUAGUGUUCUUACUUCCACGACGUGCGACACCUUUUCGAAAGUAAAACGAGGGGAAAGUUCAGAACAGAUCUAUAAAGACAUUAAAUUCAUCAAUGUUUACAAAUAAUUUACAAGUUUUUGAUACCAAAGUAAUGAAAGGUGAAAACGUCUGUGACCUGGAGAAUGCUAGCAUCGUCGUUAGACAGUAUAAUUAUUCCUAAAAAAAAUUGAAAAAUAAUACAGAUAAUACUAACACUAAUGAUGAAAUCAAAUCUUCAUUCAGAGGUUCUAUGUAACACUUGGCUUAGGGGCGAUGUACCAUUUGCUCUUUGAAAGUAAAUGCACAAAGCAAUGUAUAUACCAUGAUUAGUCUCUUUGAAUGGGCAACGAUUUUAAUCAAGUUUGUAGUUUUAUGGGCACCGCCGACGUGAAAUCAUGGAUCAUUACUAGAAAAAGAUGCUCAAAUGCGCGUUUAUGAAGCAGUACUCAGAGAGCGCAUAUACAUAAGCAGUCACCUUUUAUUCCGCACUGAAUUUUCACGCAAAUUUUUUAUUGCCUGUUUACAAUUUGUAAGUUUAUAACAGGCGACAUUGAUAAAGCCUGCGUCUUUUAAUCGUAAUUGCAUAAUAAUAGCGGUGUAUGAAUAGUAUUCUGUCGAUGUAUUAAACUUUUCCGGAAACCCUUUCCUGGAACUGUUUUCUUACUCAUGAAGAUUGCAAUUAAAACUGCUAAAGUCAUGCAUAAAGAGACUGCCAAAUACACACACGAAUUUUAAAAUGCCAGGUUCUAGAAGAAGACUUAAGACCCUUAAUUGAAUAUUCAUAGAUGAUCGGCUCACUUCUGCAUCCAAGCUUCGUCGAUCGAAGAUUCCAGUCGUGUUUUUAAUUUCGUUCUGCCAACCUAUUGUUAGAUUCAAGCACGUACGAAAUACAUUUCAGUUUGUCGACUUUUAGAUGUUUUAAUGCGUUUAGAGAAGUUUCUUUUACGACUGGUACAAGUGUGUUUACUUCAAAGACGUUCGCAAAUAUCCGGCAUUGCGGCGAUGUUAUUUUCGAAAUUUUGAUAAGACCUCUUUAGGUGAAAAUACACAGUUUAUGACAACAAGUAGAAAAUUGAAAUUUUUCCUAAUUUGUGUCAUCCUUAGAACUCGACGUAGUUUUCCGAGACAACGUCACAUUUGGAGGAAAAUGAUCAAAGUUACUAAAGAUAAAAGGUUACGAACAUGUUAUUGAAAAAGUCAUUACAACGGUAAACAAAGAAAUCUUAUGUCGAGUGAAAUUUGCAUUGUUAAUGUUCUUUGGAAAACCGCGAAACUGAUAAGCUAGCGUAGCGUGCACAAACAUCGCCCUGGAUACAUCAUGUCGUUCUCUUAGAAUAAAUUGUCUCUUAGUACAGGCGCGUUUUGCAGACAUUAAGAAGGCUUCCUACUAAUAUCUGUUUUUAAUCAGUGAAUUAUGUUGGUUAUGAAGUUCCACAGUCAAGUAUUUUUCUCCGUUGGUUUCCACCGGAAAAGGAAACGAGCAAAGUUUAUAGCAUAAGAUACACUUUACUUAGUCUCUGACUAAGUGCCCAUCAGUUGCAGAGCCUGAGCACGGAUGGCAACCAUUAGUUAUAUCAUAUCACCCAUGAGUAGGGUUGAAAAAUAGGCUGAAAAUUGAUACUGUUUUCUCCUGAACUGUGACUCAUUGCCAUGAUGGUUAACGAUUCCAACGGCCAUGUGAAUAACCAGAGCCGGGCAAGACAGGCAUUCUUCACACACACGGAGGUGAUAGGAUGGUGUUUUGCGUUUGGUAUUGUCGAUAUGCUCAUUGUGAUGAGCAAUACCCUCGCUAUAGUCGUAUUCACGCGGAGCAAGUUGCUACGGAAACGUACAAACUACUUUUUGCUGUGCCUGGCGAUUGCAGAUAUGAUGGUUGGUACAAUAUCAUUACCGAUAUUUGUACAUACUCUCGUUCUUUACACAAGAGGUGAAGAAUUGGAUAGCGCGUGGAUCAACGUACUUCAUAGAUUAUUGGACAUUUUUUCAGGAUUUGCUUCAAUCUUUGCACUAACAACUAUUGCAUUGGAACGUUUAUACUCAGUGGUUCUACCAAACUGGCAUCGAACUACACCAAGUUGUCUGUAUUUUAUCUUGAUAAGCAUGAUCUGGAUUCUGGCGGGCGUGCUUGUGUGUGUAAAAGUGCUCGUGAACGAGAAGAUGAUCUCAAGCAACAUAUUCUUGUACCUUAUGCUCGUAUCUUUCUUCAUUUGCGUGGUGGUGAUUUGCUUGGCUUAUAUCGGCAUUUGGUUCAAGGUUAACCAGAGGAUACACGAGAAAACGAAGAAAUCGUUGGAAAAAGACAAGAAACUAGCAACAACACUUUUUCUUGUGUCAGCUAUUUUCAUCUUGACUUGGUUCCCAUUCCAAGGCAUCAACAUCUUCAUUCCAACGUUGUGUGAAAAUGGAUGCACUUUAUCCAUUCUGACUCUCGUUUUCCUCACUAAAUUGAUGCAAUAUAUGAACUCGUUCAUCAAUCCUAUUAUCUACACCUUCAAGAUGCCUGACUUCAGGCGAGGUCUUCUAGCUUUAUUUGGAAAGAAAGUUUUAUAUGGGGCAUCGACCCGAGCUACUUCGAGGAUGUUAUCUGAGCGACGCCGAAGAGCAAGCACGUUACGAUCUAGUGAAACAGAGGCAAACGGCAACUGUGAGUGUGCGCUGUAACAUUGUAGUGUGAUCUUGAAAGACUGUUCUAUAGGAGCAGUAUCGUUUCAGUUACUAUCCUGAGGGAUGAAAUGUAAUGAUUUGUAUCUUAAAGGAUUACUAUCCAAGACUUCGCCAAGGCACGCGGGCGAUACCAUUGUGUCGAGAUCUUUGUACAUGCGCACAACUGGGCUAUCCCAAAGUCUCCACAAUCUAUAUAAUCAAUCUUCCACAGGGAUCAUCGCUCAAAACCGAGGCCUUACAAUGUUUGAAAUCUUUUUGUAGUCUCUUUUUAAUUUGCGGGUUUGACAACUUUGAUGGGGUUUGCCUUACUCUCGAGCUGAGUUAGAGACAGUGGUGUUCCGUUCAAAGCGGACACUGUACACUAUGCAUUUCUAAAAAAAAAAAAGAAGCAGUGAAAUAAGUUCGCAAAUUCCAAUGCCGACUUUUUCGUUCUUAAGUCUUGCUUUUUUUUACUUUGCUUUUUGUUGAAGAAAGAAACCUCGAGGUAGAAUUACAGCCUUUAUAAUCAAGAAACUUUUCCUCCAAAAGGUGUGGAUUUUGAUUGGUUCUUCAUUCACAAAAGAUGUCCAAAAAAUUUAUCGAGUAGCAUAAUACAACAUUCUUCAUUCUUGAAGGUACGUUUUUGUGUGGACGCUUACCGGCAUUUCGGUUUCGUACAAGAAUUUUCCGUCUCAAAUUACCCUGAAUAGUUCCUUUGGGUCUUUAGCAAGAAGGUGUGCAAACUAAAGUAAAUGUUUGGUCUUUCGCUACCAAGAAAUGAUUGUGAGGCAAGCGUUCCUUCAAUUUACAUGUACCUUCAGCAGCUCCAAAUCAAAGACGUCUUUUCCUAAGUUUUAUGUCUAUCCUCUACGGUAUUUUGUCCUUGUGGACGUACUCAGUUAAUGAAAAUAAUUUGCACUUAUUAUACAAUUUGGAAUUUGUUUACAUUUAAAACAAAGGUAUAACUGCACUAUAAUAGUUCAAGGAGGUUCCACUCUAGGAGUGAAUUGAUUAGGUCAUUUUUUUUGGAACAAAACUGACCUUUCUUUCAUUAGUCAGGUGUAGAAUCUCGUCCUUUGAAAUCUAACGGAUUAAUUUGAAAGACUUGGUCGAGUCCACGGUUUAUGCGGGCGAGAAUAGAGAUUCAGGGAGAGAUUAGAAUUAAUACUUCUUUUAUCCUUUUCACCCUGACAUCAGUAUGCAUAUCCUCCUUUCUGGUCACUAUACACUUCCUAAGGUGCUGACAAGGAGAAUUUGUUUAUCAAUCAAGAGCUACUCUAGUUGGAGAUCAUUUCCUUUAUUCUCGUGACCUCAGUAUAUGAUUCAGGAGUAUUACAGCGAGGAGAAUUUAGAUGCUGGUCACUCUUAGGGGUCUAAGGCUAAAUGUACACGGGAAGUUAGACGGUUGGCCUCGCUAAGUGAAAUCAAAAUAUACAUGGCUUAAUGUACAUAGCCGUAGCAAUGUAGCUAAAAUAUCAUUCUAACACAUGUUAGUGCUGAGAAUUUGUCUACCCUCCAAGUUUUAGACCGAGGAGGAAAAAGACAUAUUAAGCAAUUUUUGGUUGCAAAGCUUUAAAAUUUAUAUGUUUAAUGAUAUUUUUGGAGUAAUUAAUUUGUCAUCAUAAAUUUCACCGCUCAGCUGUUUUGAUCAAGGGGAGGAUCAGCAUACUGUUUCCUCUAUCUUCGAAAUAAGUUUGAAACAUGAGUGUCAAGGUAUGCUUCAAUUUUUUGAAAUGUAUUAGAAUUGAAUUAUAGUAUAUACGAUUUUAACUUUGUAAAUUUAUUGAAUUCGACAACGUAACGGUAAUAAUGGAGUGCAAUGGUACUGUUAUGAUGAAAUAUUACUUUGACUUAUCUGAAUUAAAAAUAAGAUUACAAUGUA